AUGCCUCUCAAGUACCUUUCGCCUCUUCUUCUGGCCGGUAGUGCCACGGCCUUCGAGUUUUACGGCCUUGGUCUCAAAGCCCUCGCGGCGAACAAUGCGGUCAAUGCGGCCGCAUCAACAGAUGCCGGAUACAAAGCCUGUAACUCGGUCAGCUCCGUGGUGAUGUCCUGCUCCGCCGCCGGAUCUAUCGCCGAAAGCGUCCCCGAGGCGUCCCAGGCGGCCUGUGUCUGCUGCCAGGGCAACAGUGAGCUGGACCCGGUGUACUCGAACUGCGCCGCCUAUGUCAGCACUGCUCUUCAAAACCCAUCCUUGGCUUCAGUAUACGGAGCCGUAUACACCGUCUGCGCCAGCUACGAGUGCGGAGCUGCAGCCGCGCCAUCAACAACUAAGCCGCCAUCUGCUGCGGCUACUACCUCCCGCGCCACCAUUACCUCCGCCCCCGUGAUUCCCACAGCAUGCUCUUCCGUCGUUUCCAUCGCCAGCCGCUGCGCCGGCGACGACGAGGACGAGGUCGUCUCCUGCUUGUGCCACGACACCUCGGGCAAGACCAACACCCAGGUUCAGAACUGGGCUAGCAGCUGUCUUCCCUGGGCCAAGUCGAACUCUCCUGAGGAUGUAACAGUGGUCGAAGUCCUCGAAACCAUCUGCGCCGCCGGCGCCGGCGCCGGUUCCUCUCUCUCCGUCAAAGCCACCCAGAGCUCUGGCGGCGACGACGAAUCAAGUCUUACCAACCGCCCCGCUUUCGGUCUGCCCACCGGCACUGCGAGCAGCAGCGAUGUUGAUGAUGACGUGACGACUGCCGUCACUCAGACGAGGAUCGUGGAGACGGAGGCGCCGGCUGUUUCGUCGAGCAGGUCCAGCGCGGCGGGCGCCAUGAUGGUUCAGCAGCCGUUGGGAGGGGUGGCUGCGUGGGUUGUUAAUGGGUUGGUUGCUGUUGCUGGGUAUUUGGUCGUUUAA